CUAGAUUUUUACUGAAUGAGAGGUGCUUUUGAAAUUUCUCUUCAGCUGGGUGAAAACAUAACAGUUAAAAUAAAACCUGGAUUUUCUUCUCUAAAUACCUGUGCACUGCAUGAAGGAAAAAAAACUCAUUUUUCUGAGAAAAUCAUAAAGCCUGGACAGAAGUUUCAAUUUACCUUUGAUUGUUCAACACCAGAGAAAUAUUGGUCCAUACUUGUGGAGAAAAACAUUGAUUGUUUGUCAGGUCCAUGUCCUUUUGGAGAUGUUCAGUUUCAGCCUCCUGGAUUGCCACAUCUUAAUAGGACUUUCAUUUGGGAGGCUAAAGCUAACCGAAGAGUUGGACUUGAACUGAAAUUCUCUCCAUGGUUAAGGCAAAUUCUGCCUGGAGACACCUGCCCUGAUCAAAUUAUUUACAACAUUGGCAGUCGUCUGGGAAAAGAUAGAGUCCACAUUGGAACCUUCUGCAGAAAUGGUUCAGUGUCACGGGUAAAGGCACAGGGUGAUGCUAUUUUGAGUCUACAGCUUCCUUGGGAUUCAAAACUCGCAGCCUCUGGAGUUAAGCUUGAAAGCAGAUCAUCCAUACAACGACUCUGCAUUAUAGAAUCUACAUUUAAAGGCAAAUUAUCAGCAACUUUGAUGUCUGCAAAUUAUCCAUUCGGGUUACCAGAAGAUGAACUUAUGACAUGGCAAUUUGUUCUUCCAUCCAGUUUAAGAGCAGAUAUCAACUUCAUCAAUUAUACAAAACCAAACUGUGAACGGAAAUAUGAGCGGGUGGAAUACUCAUUACCGGAUUAUUUUCCUGAUGCUAGAGUGUUACCUCUGGAUGAUGUGCAACCUGUCAAUAUUCCUGGCAGUUUCAACCUUUCCCUGUAUGGAUGUGACCAAGAUGAUGUGAACCCAGGGCUCCUCAGACUCUUAUUUAAAGUGGUAGUGGAUUACCCUAAAAAUGAAGAGAAUGUAACCUACAAAAUUGAUCUAACACACGAGAAGACUAAUCUUACAGUUUACUCAAAAUCAUCAAUGAAUGAAUGCUUGAUCUGUGUUCACUCUAGCAGAAACUGCAGACCAAAUGUGACUUUAGAAUAUGGUCGCACAUAUUUUGUUACCUUCCUGUGCCAAAAUUUGGAGAAUAUAAGGAUAAUUGCUGAGCAAAGUAUAGUUUGCUGGAAUGCCAGAACAUGUGAAAACCUAUUCUUCCAGCUGGCUGUACCUUCUGUUCUUCUCCAACUGCCAAUUUUAAUUGAGACAUUUACAUGGAAAAUUCAAGCUCUCGAAGCAGUGAAUAUAGAAAUCAGAUCCUCCACCUUGAAACUCAAGCAACACAUUCCAAACCGGGAUCAAAGGUGCAAUGGAAGUUAUAGUUAUAUUAUUAAUGGCUCCAAUCCAGGAAGGUCAUGGAGUCUUGGUUAUUUUUGUCCUGUUGGAGACAUUAAAAAAAUCCAGAUUAAAGAUAAUAUCACCAUAACACUUAAGACAUUUGGCAAGAGAUGGUUCAAUGAGUCUAAUGCUCAGAAAGGGGAUCUGAAGCUAUUUUUUAAGCCAGUUCUACAAGAAGAUUGCAUUUUCACCCUUAGUCCGGAUCCAAAGAGCAAAAUUUAUGUGCAGACUCCUAACUGGCUGGAAGGCCUUCUUCCUUUUAUGUCAGUGUAUUGGAAUAUCAGUGUCCCACCAAAGCAAGUUGCACAGCUGACAUUCUUAAAUGAAAAAAUGGGCAUAACAUGUGAAAAGAGUAGGGCUUUUAUCUACAUUAAAGAACAGAGUGCAAGAGCGGUAGAAACUGUGUGCCGUGAUGAUAAUGUACUCCCAAAGACUUUGAAUUUGAGACAGCAUUUUUGGAUUAAUAUUACUAAUUGUAAACCAUCUGCCAAGCAACAACUGAGUUUGCAAUUCUUAGUGACAUUUCAAAAAAAUUCAGAUGUGACCAUCAUAAUUGGUGUAGUGACUGGCGGGAUGGCAGUGCUAGUCAUUAUUGGGCUCCUUAUCUGCUGUAUUAAGAAAAAGAGAAAAGGCAAAAGAAAGGAAAGCCAUAAGCCAGUGGUAGGAGUUUAUAAUACCAAUGUCAACACCUUGUUACCUGGAAGGCAGGGCAUUUUUAAAAAGGAAAGGAAGAAGAAUGAUUCUCAUGUCUAUGCAGUCAUUGAGGAUGUUAUGGUUUAUGGGCACCUGCUUGAUAAUUCUGCAAGAUCAGAGAUGGCUGAAGUAGGGGUAUACAGGCCCUUUUCUGGACCAGUAAGUACUACACCACCUUCCCCCCCUCCAAUCAGAAAAAUAUCUAAGAGUCUGGACCAGCAGGAAUCAACAAACAUGCUUGUAACUGAUAGUGAGAACUAUACAUUUGCACGUCAUGUGUCAGAGGAUAUCCAUAAUGGUGACCUGAAUGUGAGUGGUAAUGGACAUGUGGGCAGCAGGAACAAUGAACAGGGAAAUUCUGUGGACGAGACUUGAUAUCUUGAUGAUCUGUGACUUCUCUGAUUCAAAGAAAAAAUUAACUCUUGUAAUUGAUCUAUGGGUUAUGUUUGAAACCUAUUUAUGUAUUGUUUUUUUUUUAUUAAAAUAUAGAUUGCAGAUCUGUUCAUAUUUUGGAAGAGGUUUCUGAGGAUGUAAUGCCAUACUAUGUUGUAUAGAAUGCAACAACUUUGAAGUUUGCAGAUUUUUAGUCUAAGUAAACUUUUUUUAAAAAGUCAGCAAACCAACCACUGAAUGUUAAACAAAACUAAGAAAUUAAGCUGGCAAAAUAACUCUUUAUCCAAAUUUUGUGCUAGGUAAUUAGCAUUAAAUGCAAGAAUUGUGCUUUUUGUAAAUGAGAAUUUUACUUAUUCUUCUUACACACCUUUUAUAACAUAUGUAUUUUUUUUAAAAAAAUUACUUUUUAAUUUUAGCUCUGUGGAAAUAAUUUAGUUAAUUUUAACAAAUUAUUCUCAGUUACAUAUUUCAAAGGGUGGGCAACACUAAGUUUGUAAUGAAAAUAAAAGGACCAUUCUGCAAUUAAUCAUUGUUCCAUUGUUAUAAAGUAAUGGGUUGCUCUCCUAUUUGACUGUAAAGGCAUUACAAGCCUUCUGAGAUAUUUUGACUUGAGCUCUAUGGCUUCUUGGCCAUUUUGUGGUAAGAGCCAAUUAAGAUUUCUUGGAAACCAACAUAAAAUUAUGAUAUAUAUAUGUAUACAUUACCAAUUGUCUGUCUACGCAUCCAUAUGUCUACUUUUGAGAAAGGGAGGUACGGAAGUUCCUUUGUAGAAAUAUACAGUUUUGAACACCACAUUAGACCAUAGCAUAAACAUACUAUAGAUUGGCCUAUUGUGAAUUAAUCUUUAAUAGUUUGGGUUGAAUACUUGAUUUAGAUAAUGCCCAACUCCAACCGACUCAGGGUAACAUACAGUA